UCUAAUCUAGCCUUAGCUACCCUAACCCUAACCCCAAACCCAUGAGUUCUCUUCUAGGAGUAAAACACAUGGGUACAAAAAAACCACUACAUAUAACCCUUACAAACCCUAAACAUAACAAGCAUAUGAUGCGAAGAAACAUAGAUUUGAACUCGUAUGAACCUAUUUAAAAAUCUAGAUCACCUCCGUCACCACUAAUCCAAGCUACCCACUUUGGUUCAGCUCAGAAUUAAUCAAUUCGGUGUUCUUGGUCAUCAUUCAAUCUUUCUACGGUAAAAUAUUUGUUUGAUAUAAUUGGUUCUUGAAUCACAAGAACCGAUCGGAGAUGGAUCCUACGACACACUCUCUUCCACCUCCGUUUCAUACAAGAAACUUCAAUCUUCACCAGUUCCAACAGCAAAAUUCCGAAGAUGAACAAAGCGGCACCAGUGGUCUCAACAUGGUUGGCCACAAAAUAGACCGUGAAGAGAAGAACAACGACGAGAUAUUAAACACCAGCGGCGGUGGUGGCAGCAGUGAAGGCAAAGACGGAGAAAUGGGAAGAAGGCCCAGAGGACGUCCAUCAGGGUCAAAAAACAAACCUAAACCACCAAUUAUAAUCACCAGGGACAGCGCAAAUGCUCUGCGCACCCACGUCAUGGAAGUUUCCGAUGGAUGUGAUGUGAUGGACAGCAUCAGCACCUUUGCACGCCGCCGGCAACGUGGUGUCUGUAUCAUAAGUGGGACUGGCACUGUCACAAAUGUCACACUCCGGCAACCUGCCUCGCCAGGGGCAGUUGUGACAUUACACGGGAGAUUUGAGAUUCUGUCGUUGUCUGGUUCUUUCCUGCCUCCACCAGCACCGCCUGCGGCUACAGGGUUGACUAUUUACUUAGCUGGUGGUCAAGGGCAGGUAGUAGGUGGCAGUGUAGUUGGAGCGCUUUUAGCUGCGGGGCCGGUGGUUAUCAUGGCGGCAUCAUUUAGCAACGCCGCCUACGAAAGACUCCCUCUUGAAGAUGAAGAAAGUACUCUGCCGAUGCCAGGUGGCUCACUUGGAUCUCCGGGAGCCAUUACACCAUCAUCACAACAACAACAACAACAAUUAAUGGGGGAUCCGUCGCUAUUUCAAGGCAUGCCACCGAAUCUACUCAACUCAGUUCAGUUACCGAAUGAUGCUUAUUGGGGUAACAACGGCGGUGGUCGUCCAUCUUUCUAAGAUCACAAACUGUGUAACUGCAUGUCACUAAGCAAAUUUUCAGGUUUCGAUUCUUUAAUUUCCUCUUUUGUUGUUAAUUUAUGUCAACUCUUGUACUAAAUUUCAUGGUUUUUAGGAUUUCUUGAUUUGUGUGUAAUGUUACGAUGACAUACAUAUGCUUGUAUUAAUUUGAAUUGUAAGAGAAGUUUUCAAAAUUUUGAUUCU